GAUUGGUGACUGAACAUCUUCUGCCUUUGUUUCACUGCUUUGUUACACUACCAAAAACUCCAUCAAAACUCUAUCUCUCUCCAUCAAAAAAACCAAACCAAAGAAGAAAGGAAUUAGAAAAAUCAUGUCAUCACCAAGCAAGCGUCGAGAGAUGGAUUUGAUGAAACUGAUGAUGAGUGAUUACAAGGUGGAGAUGCUCAAUGAUGGCAUGCAAGAGUUCUAUGUACAUUUCCAUGGUCCAAAUGAUUGUCCUUAUCAUGGAGGUGUGUGGAGGGUAAGAGUGGAGCUACCGGAUGCUUAUCCAUAUAAAUCUCCCUCAAUAGGCUUUGUUAACAAGAUAUACCACCCGAAUGUGGAUGAAAUGUCAGGUUCUGUUUGUUUAGAUGUUAUUAAUCAGACUUGGAGCCCCAUGUUUGACCUGGUAAAUGUGUUUGAGGUGUUCCUUCCACAGCUUCUUCUUUAUCCCAACCCAUCAGACCCAUUGAAUGGAGAGGCAGCGGCUCUUCUGAUGCAAGAUCGAGCUGCUUUUGAACAGAAAGUGAAAGAAUACUGCGAGAAAUAUGCCAAGCCAGAAGAUAUUGGAGCUGCCUUGGAAGAAAAAAGCAGUGAUGAGGAGAUGAGUGAAGUUGAGUAUGAUGAUUCUAGUCAAGAGGCAGUAGUGGGCCAAGCAGAUCCAUAGAAGAGGCUACCCUGUUGUGAGCUGUCUGUAUCUGUACACAAUGUUUCAUGUCUGUUAAUCUAAUGCUCAGGCCAGAAGAUAUACUUUGCUUGUUGGGUGGAGAGGAUUUCCCCAUCAUUAAUUAGCUUAUGCUGUCAUUGUAAAAAAUAAAUGUAUAGUUGGUUGAAUAUGAGACUGGUUGCAAGUCCAUUUUUGUAUACUCAGCAAAUGUGUUGUCCUGUAGAAUAUAGCCAUAUAGGGUGCCUGUCUGUAUGUCCUUGGGUGCUAAUUCCAUUCUCAACCGACACUUGCAUAUGUAUUAGACAUGGCAAGACAGGUCUUUCUCUGCAUUUGGACUUCGGCAUAAACCGGAUAAUCUUUG